ACAAAUCAUUUGCACAAAAUAUACUGUCAUUAUUGCGUCAGUGACAUUUGCGUUAUUUUCUGCGAUAAAUAUUAUAAUUCUACAAUAUAUACUCACUAUUUAAUUUGUUCUCUAAGAUUUAAAAUUAAAAAUGGCGGUUGCAUUGCCCAUGGAAUCCAAUCCGGAUACAAUGAAUAAAUAUUUGGAGAAGUUGGGCGUGUCCGAAAAAUGGCGGAUGGUUGACGUAAUUGGUUUAGAAGAAGAUGCUCUGAACUGGGUUCCUCGCCCAGUGCUAGCCAUAGUCCUGCUGUUCCCGCUUUCCGAUGCCUACGAGAAGCACCGCCGCGACCAGGAGAAAGAGAUGCAAAUGAAAGGACAUGACCCUCCCAAAGACGUGUUCCAUCUGAAACAAGUUCUCAGCAACGUAUGUGGAACUAUAGCCCUAGUACACAGCGUUGCAAAUAAUAUUCCCCAUAUUGAACUCAACGACGGCCUGCUCAAGACUUACAUCAACGAAGCGAAGAACCUCGACUCGUCAGCUAAAGGCGCACUGUUAGAAAACUCUACUGCUAUUUUGAACGCGUACAGAGACAUAGUGCGCACGGGAAGUGAGCCCGGUACCGAGGUCGAGGAAACUGUCAACAAUCACUUUGUGACUUUCAUCCACAAGGACGGCCACCUGUUCGAGCUGGAUGGACGCAAGUCAUUCCCUAUAAACCACGGCGCGACUACUCCCGAGCGUCUCCUAGAGGACGCGGCGAAGGUCUGUCGUGAAUUUAUCGCCAGGGAACCAGAUAACAUCGGCUUCAAUGUGGUAGCUCUUGUCCCUGCACAGUAAUAUUUCCCAUUUAUUUGGCUGUGUAUUUCAAUUCAUUUAUUCAAAUACAUAUUAAUUACAUUGUCA